AUGGCGGGAAUGGCGGGAAUGGCGCUGCAGAGAGCACUGGCUACCCUAAUUAGCGAGCCUAAUUAUAGUUGGCACGGCACAUACCCUGGUUAUGAAGCAAAAAAAAGCGCGGAAAAGAGCCACCAUCGCCCUGGGCCAUAUACGAGUCUCUACCUCCGCCCUAGUUACCUAAGUCUCACAGGACUGUUGAUGUCGGAUAAGGAUGUCUUGUCUGACAAAUAUAUAAAGGACGGUUUCUUGUUACUGCUUCUCAUGCCUGAUGAGCACCAAAGCGCUGCAGUCAUAUUUCUCCAGCAGGAUGCAAAGGGUGGCCGCAUGUUCGAUCAGAGCGUGAUUGCAGACCUCGAGCACCCAUGA